UGUCAAAUGUCAAACAAACGUCAAAGUGACAAGACGAAAAUGACAACCAUUGUUCUGUAAUCAAUAAAAAUAGUUCCACAAUAAUAAUAAAACACACAAAUAAUCAAUUAAAAAUGUCGGUUAAUCAAGAAAAUCGUCCGGAAUUGUAUGAAGAAGUAAAAUUGUUUCACAAUGCUCGUGAAAGAGAAAAAUACGACAAUCUAGCUGAUUUGUUUGCGGUAAUCAACACAUUACAGCAAUUAGAGAAAGCCUACAUACGAGAUUGUGUAACUCCGAAGGAAUAUACAGGGGCCUGUAGCAAACUCUUGGUGCAAUACAAAGCUGCUUUUAGGCAAGUCAAAGGAGAUGAGUUUCCUACAGUUGAUGCAUUUGUUCGCAAAUACCGAUUGGACUGUCCAGCUGCUUUAGAAAGGAUAAAGGAGGAUAGACCUAUUACUAUCAAAGACGAUAAGGGUAACACAAGUAAAUGUAUUGCUGAUAUUGUUUCUUUGUUUAUAACCAUCAUGGAUAAGUUGAGAUUAGACAUAAAAGCGAUGGAUGACUUGCAUCCAGAAUUGAGAGAUCUGGUCGACACUAUGAACAGAUUGAGUAUUUUACCGUCUGAUUUUGAAGGGAAAGAAAAGGUUACAGAGUGGCUCAACACCUUAAACAACAUGCAAGCGUCAGAUGAAUUGUCAGAUUCUCAAAUAAGACAAUUACUUUUUGAUUUGGAAAGUUCUUACGCCGCUUUUAAUAAGCUUCUACACAAUUCAUAAAUGUAACCCACAUUUUUAUAAUAAAAUAGGCUUAAGAAUCAA